AUUGCCACUACUUGAAACGAGGAAAAGCGUCUAUUGUUGAAAGGAGGCUCUUGCGGGCCCCAAAUAUUGAGUGGUGUUUUCCAGGAUGGCUGGUCCUGCCAAUCUAGCAGGCGCUCGCUCGGACUAGAUCACCCAACAGACCUUCAUAAGGCUCUGUCACUGCUCCUCGUCUGCCCACCUCUCCGUUCUUCUUUUCUUUGUAUCCCAAGCACAGUCCCUCUUUCGUUGUAUAGCACGCAGUACAUAAUAAUGGCAGUCUCAAGGCUCAGCAAGGCCCUCGCUGCCCUCACAUUCGUUUCAUCAGCAAUCACAUCUGUUGCCGCCAGCUCCAACUCCAGCAUCUGCGCAACAUCCUCCAAAUGUGUUCCCUUCACAAUCGAUGUCACAUGGGGGGAGACAUCAUCAGAUAUCGGCGCCCCGAGACAAGCCAUUCUCACUAAUGGAUCGAUCCCCGGUCCUCCCCUGAAGUUGAAGGUCGGCGACUGCGUCGACUUCACAGUCAUCAACAACCUCCAGAACGUCACCGGUGUCCAUUUCCACGGCAUCAGACAGUACGGCACACCAUGGGCCGACGGUGUCCCAGGUGUCUCUCAAUACACCAUCCAGCCAGGUACAUCGUACAUGUACCAAUGGACUGCGGACGAGUCAGGAAACUACUUCUACCACGCACAUUACAAAGGACAGAUGGGUGACGGUCUCUAUGGUGCCAUCAUCAUUGCUCCCGCCGACGAUGCUCAGACUCCUUUCAGCCAGAUCAGCAGCUCAUCUGACGAUGUUACUCUCAUGACCAAGGCUGCUCUUGAUGUUGAGCCCAUCUUCAUCUCCGACUGGAGCCAAUAUACCUUUGAAGAGUUCUUCGCCAUUGAGCAAGCUGCCAACGUUGAUGAUGCUUGCACUGACUCGAUCAUCCUGAACGGCAAGGGUUCAGUUUACUGCCCAGGCAUCGAUGUCUUGACUGCCAAUGCCGCGGUUCAAGUCCCCUUGAUCCUUGGCAACACCACUCUGACUGAAAAGGGUUGCAUUCCCCCCAACAACCCGACCAUUCAGGGACCGCAGUAUGUUCAGAACCUUGCAAACCUCCCAGACAACGCCUACUACACCUGCAACCCCUACACUGGUGCCAACUACACCUUGACCGUGGAUGCAGCCGACGGAUGGCAAGCAAUCACCCUGAUAAACCCCGGUGCUUUCGCUCUCCUCAAGGUCACCAUUGACAGCCACAAGCUGUACGUGUACGAGGUCAACGGUAACUACAUCGUUCCCCAGGUUGUCGACGAGGUUGUCGUGUCCAACGGUGACCGCUACACUUUCUUCGUCAAGCUCGACCAGACCGCAGGCGACUACCAAAUCCGUGUGGCCAACGACGGUAUCAACCAGGUCAUUUCCGGAUAUGGUCUCCUCUCCUACUCCGGUGGCUCCAGCUCUCUUCUCGGCACCUCGGUCAUCAACUAUGGUGGCCAGAACACCACCACUAUCACGGCUUUCGACUCGGCUGCAGGUGCUCCUUUCCCUGCUUCGUCCGUUGCCGCGACCGCCGAUGCCAGCUUCGUUCUCGACAUCAUGAAGAACCCAGCUCUUCCUUUGGACUCGUGGUCCUGGACUCUCAGCGGUGUUGAGGCCUACAACCAGACCCGCGACGACGAGACUCCUCCGUUGUUGUACCUCGACCCUGCCAGCGUCCCCGCCACUGACUUGAUCCUCGAGACCUACUCCAACCAGUGGGUUGAUCUGAUCAUCAAGAUCUCGGGACCUGUCGCUGAGCCCCAUCCUAUUCACAAGCACGCCAACAAGUUCUACAUGAUCGGUGCUGGUGUCGGUGACUUCAACUUCACCAGCGUCGCCGAGGCCCAGGCCGCUGGAUACGUGUUCAACUUGGACAACCCUCCUUACCUUGACGGCUACACCAGCACCCCUGCCGAGGGCAGCGCCGCGUGGAUGGUCUUCCGCUACGAGGUCAACACCCCUGGUGCUUGGAUCCUGCACUGCCACGUCCAGACUCACUUCUCCGGUGGCAUGGCUGUCGCCAUCCUCGAUGCCAUUGACGACUUCCCAACCAUCCCAUCGGAUGUUGGCAAAGUCUGCGCAGGCAGCGGCACCAGCGGGUUCAGCGGUAACUCGAGCGACAACGGCAGCUGGGACGACUGGAGCCCAUCCGGCUCCAGCGGCAGCGGUUCGUCAACCUCGACUGUCACCGGCUCAACAUCUACAAGCACUGGCACAAGCUCCGGCUCCGGCUCGGGAGUCUCUGUCAACUGGAACAGCUCCAGCAGCAGCACCACCACCCCUGCUGUCGCCACCUACACUGGCGCCGCCGUUGCAGUGGCACCAUCCAUGUACUCGGCGCUGUUUGGCCUUUCCGCGCUCGCUCUGGCUGUGUAUGUCCAGUAGACGAGACUGGUGUUUAUAUGUAAUGAGGAUGCUUUUCACUUCUUGUGUUUCUAACAGACACUUAACUCUCUUACCUUUUGCAUAACAUUUUGUUCCUUGGGAAAGGGGACGACAAAAAUUCUUAUCUCAUUUUUGGGACACGGCUUUUUCUUUUUGGGGUCAAGGGCUAUGGCCACGGGAUAGGUUCGCAGCAUAUAACGGGUACGGGAUACAGUUGAUAUACUGGAAAGCGCAUAUAGUUGAUCUGGUCUACAUCUGACCAUAGUGAAGGAUGAGGAUGAUACUCUACAUAGCAAGGAUCAAUAUAAAUCUCUUGACUACCUUAUACACUGUUUCUACUUCAGUACAAAUUGAAGCCAUCCAAACUGCGAACU